UCCCGCCAUCUAGUUAUUUGCAUGUAUUGUGUUGAUACUUGAUGCUUCUCGGGUUUUAUUAUUAAUUCAAAAUCCCUCGAAAUAUUCCUUUGCAAGGGGAAGGGUUGUGUGAAGAUAAGGGCCAGGGGCUUCGGUGGGGAUUGAACCCAUGGCCGCAGGGUCUACAAGACGAGAGUCUAUCACGAUAAUCAUUCAGCUGCCUCCACACAAGACAAAAGGCAACAACAUAGUAGAAAGUCUGACGUAUUUUAUUCACCAUGGAAAAUAUGCCAAUAUCCUCAACUGAGCCAGAUGAACUUUCAACUUCUUUGAUGGAAUUUGUUAGCAAUUUCAAUUCUGUUAACGACAGUUAUGAAAAAUUUUAUGAAGAUCUUUUAAAGAAAGAUGCGCAGCUGGAAGAUAAAAUUAAAAAAUUAGGUUUAGAAGGCUUGAAAAAUUAUCCCAAACUCAAAGAAUGCUCUGAGUUUUUACAGGAAUGGCGGGUUGGUGAAGUGAACAAAACCAGUAUUCUGACAGCAUGUACAGCAUACUAUAGGAAGAAUGCAGAAGAUUAUAUGAAGUACUCUGCCUUGAAGCAUGAAGAAAAUCGCUUGGACAAUAAAAUUAACCAAGUCAAAGCUCUGGAAAAUUCAGUCGACAGGUCUAAUACAAUGUUCAAAGUGACAUUGAAAAAGCAGUUAGAAGAAGCCACCAAAAAUUAUUACCCAAGGGAAUCCAUCAUCACCAUGCCGGAACCAAAUUCCUUGGAACCUUUGCCACAUGAAUCGCUGAUUGAACUGAUGGAUGAGCUCAAGAAGAAGAAAGAAAAACUUGCUUUGAUACAAAAACAAAAAAUGAAAUAUAUGGAUUUGCCACCAGAUUUAAAAGCUGCCAAGGAGAAGUUGAGAGAAGCAAAAUUGACUCUGGAAAGUAAAACUGCCUCUUUUGAUGAACUAGUCAACAAAUAUUAUUCAAAAUAGAGAAGAUGUUAUGUAAAUAUUAAUUCUAUUAGAUAUUAACUACUGUGAUAAUUGGGAGAGUAAAUAAAAAUGAUCGAUUUCAAUUUUUCAA